ACAGGGCCUGAGGUCAGAUUCUUGGGAUGCCAGUGUAUAAAUGGGUGCAGCUGCCUCAAGCUGUCAGGGCAGCUCCCAGCUGACCCACGGGAAGGAGGAAGGAAGGAAGGAGGGGUCGUGGACAAGGACAAGGACAGAGGUGACCACUGUCCACCCAUCCCAUGGCCGGCAUGAACUGUGACCAACUCCAGAGAACAGCGACAAUCUGACUGUGAGAACACAGUGCUGGCUGAAGACGGUCCCUGUGGCCUCUUGAGUCUGUUGGCACUGUCUUCCGAUCUCCUUCCCUCCCUCCCUCUCUCUCUCUCUCCCUGUUUGUCUUUCCUAAGCAGCAUCACGCUGAUCUGAAGUGUGACAAGGGACCAGUCGUCACGGCCACUGCGACGCUGUCCGUUCUCACAGAGGGCUUGGCAGGGUUUAGGAGAGAUCACCCCCCCCCACCUCCUUCUCUCAGCUGAGUUUCCCAGAAACUGUCUGUGAAACUUCGACGGCUUGGCCCUGAAAUAUCCAAAGUUGGGACUGAAAUAGAAAGGACUUCAGCCAUUCCGUCGGUUACAGCCGGCUGAGGCUGGACUUCUGGCGGUGGACAUCUUAUCCAGAGGGUCUCCGCGUUCUCAGGAGGCCGUGAUGCUACUGCCUGGCACUGCCCGCCCGUGCCCACUGUGUCUGCCCGUCAUGUGUCCCGCCCUGUCCCUGGUUCUCUUGGCGUGUGUGUGUGCGUGCGGGGUCUCUCAGGACUGCCCCCCCUCCUGUGAGUGCGGGUGGGGGAACGGGACAGUGUCGUGUCGAGGCGGAGAGCUGCCCGCUAUACCCGGGUGGUUGCCCCCGGCGACCAGGAUGCUGGAUCUCAGCGGGAAUCUCAUCGCGUCGGUCGGGCGCGGAGCCUUGGCGAACCUCAGCGAGCUGCUGGAAUUGGACCUGAGGGACAACCUUAUAUCCAACAUGGAGCCCGGGGCCCUGUCCAGCCUGGGCCGACUGCAGAUUCUACGUCUAGACGGGAACAGGCUAAAGACCGUCUGGCCCGGCACCUUGGCAUCCAUGGCCAACCUCACCACUCUGGGUCUCAGCCGCAACCCUCUGCUUCUCCUGCUGGAUGACACGUUCCAGGGGCUGGACAACCUAGGGAGCUUGGAUCUGGGCGAGGAGCUGGUAUAUGUGGGUGCCAGGGCCUUUGAGGGGCUGGUGGGGCUGCACCACCUGUCCCUGACCCAGGCCGAGACGGGCACCUUACCCUCUGCCGCACUCUCCCGCCUGCCUGGACUGGAGACGCUGAGGGUGUCGGGGCUGGGCGCCACCUUGCUGGCUGGCGACUCCUUCCCGGGCCUGGCCAGGCUGAGGGAGCUGCGGGUGGAGAGCUGGCGGAGUCUGGAGUCUCUGCACCGGGAUGCCCUGGCAGGUCUCAACCUGACCACCCUGGCCAUCACCCGUUGCAAUCUGAGCCGUGUGCCAGGUGAGGCCUUGGCACACCUGGUCUACUUGCGCAGCCUGGACCUGUCCCACAACCCCGUGGUCACCAUGGCUGGCGAUGCCCUGCCGGGCCUACCCAGGCUGGCUGAGCUACGGUUGGUGGGAGGCCUCCUCUCCCACAUCCAGGCCGGCGCCUUGCAUGGCCUGGGCAGCCUGAGGCUGCUGGACGUGACGGGUAACCGAUUGGCUACCCUAGAGGCGGGUGCCUUGCCAUCGGUGGGCGGCCUGGCAUGGCUGGGCCUGGCGUCCAACCCUCUGGCCUGUGACUGCCGGCUGGCAUGGGCGGUGGGCCGGGGCAGGGGGCUGGAGUGGGGGCCGGGCCCCACGGUGUGUGCGGGCCCUGGGGAUCUGAGGGGCAGGGAGUUGGCGGAGCUGGGGCAGGGCCGGGGGGCUGGGCUGUCGGCCUGCACUAAGCCGACAGUGCGGGCGGAGGCCGGGGUGGUGACGGUGGGCGAAGGGCAGACAGUGAGCCUGCCGUGCCAGGCCCAGGGUGAGCCCAGGCCCACGGUGAGCUGGACCACCCCCGCCGGCAGCCAGCUGGGCCCCGGGGAUGCCAGCCGGCUGCGGGUGCUGCCAGACGGUUCACUCCAGGUACGUCUAGCCCAGGCCUGGGACGCCGGUGUGUAUGUCUGCACUGCCUCCAAUGCAGCCGGCACCCACUCUGCCCCCACCCGCCUGCUGGUGUGGACGGGCCCAGGUUCCAGCCCUGUCCUCGGGCCCCAGGCCCUGUGGGUGGUGAUGAGCUUGGGCUUGGCCUGUUUUCUGGGCGUGACGGGCCUGUGUUUCACCAUGCUGCUGGUGUGGAGCCGGUGGCAGGGACCCAUCAAACGCAACAGCAGCGUGGAGGUGCUGAGGAACCCCAGCAAUAGCGACACACAGUCAGAGGCAAUCAAGUACACAACCAAGAUGCUGUGAGCAGUCGCACAUGGCCAAGCAGG